AAGGUACGCAAACGCGUCUUUAAAGGAAUACCGGAGAAGAUUCGUGGACAGGUCUGGUGUAAGCUUCUCAAUCUCGAGCAUGUGAUGAAGGCCGAAGAGGGCAAGUACAAGAAGAUGCUGGAGCUGGCUCGCAACUGGAGCACGGAAGCGCGUCAGAUUGAUAAGGACGUAAAUCGACAGUUUCGGGAUCACAUUUUCUACCGCGAGCGUUACAGUGACAUGCAGAAGAGUUUGUAAGUACUGGUAGCAUACAGUAUGUACAAUUCGGAGGUUGGCUACUCAGGAAUGUCCGGACUAGCAGGAGUGCUGCUGAUGUACUUGAAAGAAGAGGAGGCAUUCUGGGCACUAAGCGUCCUGCUGGCGGAUGCAAAGUUCGCAAUGCAUGGUCUAUUCAUCGAAGGCUUCCCGAAGUUGACCCGUUUUCUAGCACAUCACGACAAAAUCAUAACCAAAUUCAUACCAAAGCUUAAGAAACACUUUGAUCAGUGCAAUCUCGACUCGAUCCUGUACUCGUUAAAAUGGUUCUUUGUUGUGUUUAUCGAAAGGAUUCCGUUCAGUUUGUGUUUGCGCGUUUGGGACAUUUAUCUGCUCGAUGGAGAAAAGGUGGUCACAGCAAUGGCUUAUAACAUACUGCGUAUGCACAAGCAAUAUAUACUGAAGCUACGGGAUAUGGAUCAAAUUGUGCAGUAUAUACAGACACGGCUAUGUGAAGAUUUUGGCUACGACGACGAUACGGUAAUUAAGAAUCUAGAGCAAUGCAUGGAGGAACUGCGUAAGGCAGGUUUAGACCUGCCACCGCCACCGAGUGAAAUCGAACUUCCGAAAAAAGAAUUCGGCGUAUUCGUGGAGCCCACUGCGGCCGCACAGAUUGGACGACGAAAGCAGGAAUUUAGCGAAACAGAAAAAGAAGUCACAGAAACAGUAAAGCUCAAGCGUGAAAUAACCGAACAGGAAAUUGCGAAUCUCAAUCGAAUCGCUACCGCUCCAGGAGGUUCAACACAACAGCUAAAUACAGUACACAUUCCAGAGUCGGAAGAUGGUGGAUCGCUUCUAGGAAGCUCACGUAAAUCGCUGGCCGAUACCUCCGUUACAUCCACCGCUGAUUUGAGCGUGCUCUCCGGUGGGCAAAGCCAGCGGUCACACCAAGCUUUCGAUUUCUGCGUCGACGAACAGAAUAUCAUACCAAGUGAGGACGAGGGCGAUGGAGAAAGCAGUCCAGUAUCAAGGCGAAAACAAUCGUCGGUGCCAUCGGCGUCGCAUGGUACCAGUAGUGGUGCCGCGAACGCCACCGCCUCCACCUCCACGACGAGGACGGUCAGGCUUAGAAGUGCAACAUCCGCCAUCGGUGCAACGAGUGUGGUAGAGCGUAGUCCUUCAGCCCUCCAGCUAAUGACUCCUCGAGCAAUGUCUCCACACGAUGUAGUGCGCAUUUACGUACCACCAGCACCGCCAGAAGAGCUACAUCACGGGACAUUAGGCUUUGAGACGUCCUCCAGCAUCAAUAAUCACGAUCGGCCAACGGUAUCCAGCGCAAAUGGGACGGAACUGCGCCGUAAUCGUUCUUCGCGUGCCAGUUACAACGACGAGGACGAAGACGAAGAGUCAAAAACGCGUCGAAACAGUGAGAUUGAUCUGUAUCUACAACAAUCGAUUAGUUCAAAAAUGACCGGAGCAACAACGGCCAACGGUAAUGUAACGGCCGGUUAUGGAAGUGGCAGAUUUUCGAAUUACGCUAGUGGCGAUUUUCAGGGUCAGCAGCAACCGUCUGCAUACCCUGCGGCACCAUUGUCUCCGUCUGCGUCCCAGAAUUACGCUUCGAAUGGACGUUCCACGUCGUCGUCCCGGCGUGGCAGUAUGUCAAGGAAAUCACCAGCACCGACGCUGGACAGUGAAUUCAUCAUCGAGUGUAGCCACCUUAAAAACCGCAAAUAUGUGCCACCGGAUCAUCACAGCAGCCACAACAGCCUGGUGCUGAGCGUUGGCGGUGGUUUACCAAUGUACGGUAGCCGCAACGGUUCAGAAUCUAACAUACAUCGCAUGACAUCGUUCGAGGAGCUGGCUAAGGCGAAACUACAGCAGCACCUAUCCGGCAGCAGUGGCAGUGGGGCAAUCGCGGGCAGUAGCAGUAGCUUGUUGAAAACUACCACGGAAGACGCUUAUGUUGUGCGACAAACGGUAUCGGUAACGAAGACGUCCGGAUCUAUCAACCGAAUGGCGAGAAGCGAAAUCUAUGAGUCGAUUGAAAGCAGAGAAGAAUCGCACUAUGAUAGUCCUCGCCGCCAACGGCAACCAGAUAAUACGCCGUCUGAUUUGUACGAAGGCGCCGGUAGUCCGAUGCAUAGUCAAAAAACUUCCCGCGGUCACAAAAGCGAUUACAACAUUCAGUAUCGAAAUCUGUCGCCGCAGGACGCCAGUGCUGGCGCACCAAUGUCACCGAUGAGUGACGGUGGAGGCGAUUGGGUGGAAUAUCGACAGAUGAAAGCAUCCUCCCGGCAAAACAGUGGCAAUGAUAGUUCGCCGUUUGAUUACGAUCCAUUACCCACGGACGGUGCAGUGAUUGUCGCCAAGAAACGCUACAAUCGGUUCUUCAACAACGACGAGGAUGAGGAUGAGUAUGAAGAAGAUGAGACGACGAAUGGCAGUACCACGGUGGCCACUCACCGACAUCGGGAAGAUGAAGACAAGUUACUGACUAAAUCGUCCGAUGAUUCAUCCACCAGCCCUCCUCUAGUUAGUCGCCCUUCACAGUUGCCCCACUAUCAGCGAUCAAGUGCUGGGUCCGGUGCGGGUAGUCACCAACGUCAGCGACCUCGCCAAAGACAACCACCAAUCGUGUCGCACUCCCAGCCUCAGAAUGGUACGACGCCAACAAAUGAAACGGUACCGCUUUUACCCGUGUCUCCAACGAGCAGCAGCAAUUUAACUGGCAAAAAGGCAUCACACUUCAUUCCACUGGUACGUUCUGACGGUACCGCCAGCCCUCUACCAUCAUCGGCCAUUCCCAUCAGUAGUAUUAAGCGUAAGAUUUCGUCCGAAUCUUCAUAUUGUCCAGCGAGUUCGUCGACCACCAGCACACCAACCGGCACGCGACGUCGUGACUCGAACGCUUCAGCCAACGGAAUCCAGUCUCCACCGGCCGGUAGCCACUCGCGUAUUCCCGUUGGGUUGAAAUCACCCACAUCGCCAACGGGAUCGCUACAAGGCUCUUUUCGCUCCGGCAUACCGACACAGAAAACCUCAAGAUUGCCCACUUCCAAACCAACGGAUGUUGGCGAACGUUUGCCUAAGUAUCAGUACGGUACGGCUUCAGGGCCGGCAUCGUUAGCUCUCUCACCACCGGUAUCGUCGCUUCAAAGAGCAGGAAGCGCCCAAGCAGGCGAAUAUUCUACCACCAUACUAGGAUCGUCCCGUUCGGCUCAUCAGAUCCAUUCGGACUCGAAUAAGAUUCGCAUUCAGAUUAAUCCUUCACAGUCGUACAGCAACAGCAGCACGACGGGAGGACAAAUUUGAGCUUACUGCCCGUAACAACCAGCAUUAUUUACGUUUCCUUUUUAGAACUCUAGAGCAAUAGAGAUGAUAGAUGAGUAGAGGUUUAUCGAGUAUUUAAAGCACGAGUCCAAAUGGUGUGUAUAAGACCAUUAGAAAAAGAAGUUUGUUGAUCUGAUGGGAUUCUCAAUAGAUGCUACUUACACAAACAACAGAGAUAAGACAUGUAGCCCAUACCAAUUCCUUGGUUAGAAUUUUAGUAUAUAUUUUUUAAUUAAUGUCGAAUGCGGAUGCUAAUUUAAGAUGUCUAGCUUUGCUCGAAUCUGCUUUCUCCGCCCAUUCAAAUGCAUUCCAUUUUCUAUAGCGCAUAAUGCAACCCAAAUAUAUGAUGUAAGUUCGUUACUCAAUUUGUUUCCUUAACCUGCAGAAGGAGCUCUCUAGCUUAUUAUUUACAUUUCGAUAUUAUUAAAGUUUCAAAUUCGAAACAUUAGAAACCCUUUGCUUGUUUGCUUGUUUCCGUUUUCCGAGCGGUGCGGACUGCAUUCCUGAACCAGUCUGUAAAAAUGCUACUUUCAAGCAAAAAGAAUUUUCUUCCCGUCCGGUCAUACCCUAAGGUAAGCGAAAGAGAGUAGUGCUGUUCAGUGGAUAUUACAUUUCUCUUCCUGCAAAGCAAUAACAAAAGUGACUGAUAUUUGUCUAUAGGUUUUAAUCCGCUAGCUUCAAAAGAAAAAUAUUUUAUAAACCGCAGGAUUAGUUCGCAUGGGUCCGCGGUUCUCUUUCAAAACAUUUUGUGGCCGUCAAUAUGACAUCUAAAUGUUUUUUUUUUUUUUUUUUUUUUUUUUUAUGAGCGGAGAACCUAAACUUGGAUCCGCAUUUAUCGUGCGACAAUGGUACAAUAACAAUGUCGACAAUAUCGAAUAUCGUCUACAUUAACGUGACAGUUCACCGUAACCCGAAGCCCGAAGAGGGAAGUUAGGAAAAAAGAAAGUAAAUUAUCGCUACUUUGCAAAGCCUUUGCCUGUUCCAUAAUGUUUGAUGAAGUUUGUCCUUGCUAUAUAUAUGCAUAUACGAUUCGAAUCGAACAUGACCAUGUACGCAUAGCGCAAGAAACUGUUAAUUCUAGGGGCAUAAAUCAAACCGUUUCAAACCACUCGAAUGAUGUUAGCAUCGAAUGAAAUUCGAAGUAGAUAAAAUGCAUUUCAUCUUGUUACACUCACAAAGUUUCGUUAUCAAUCUGCCCCUACUCGUAGAGAGAUUGUAAAAUCGACGUGAUGCAGUACAUGUGUAUGUGUGUGUGUGUGUGUAUAACAUAAGUUUCGAUGGCAAACAGCCACCGAUGGUUCCGGUGUCCUGCUUUUUGCCUUAGGCGGGGUGGAGAAAGCAAUGCGCUAAAGAGAAGACAGAUGCUAUUCAUAUAUGCAAUAUAUGCAUAUAUUUUCCACAGAGCUAUGCAAAGGACAGAAGAAUAGAUGCGUCUUAAAACAGUAGUACCCUGCAUUGGUUUGUUUGAUAACUACGACUCAAUCCUGUUUGUAGAACCGAAAUAACGCCAAAACAUUAUUCCAUUAACCGUUAAAUUACAGACCCAUCUACUAUAAAAUUUUGCACUAAACGUAGGAAUGUGCAAUUCCAAUAGCAACAAUGGUACUAAACAAAUGUAAAUUGCCAACCGUAUUAAAACGAAGACAGAAGAGAAUACGUGGGAACGCAGUUCAAGUUUCGAAAAGUUAGUAAUUGAUUUGAAGAUAGAUAUUUAUUUUACCCCUGAUCUUCAUUUCUACACACAUACACUUAAAGAAACGGGUUUAAUUUUCUUUUCUCACUUCACCAAAAACAAAAACCGCAUCCCCCCGAACGAUGCAAAACAAUUCAAAGACUUUCCACUGAAUGUGUGUACUAGUGUUUACGCUGAAGCGCAUUUUUUUAAAUAAAAAAACAAAAUAUAAAACAAGUUACUGCGUUGA